AGGAGUCAAACCCGGGAAGGAAGUCAAAAGCUCGCGCACACGCAGCAAAGGAAAGACAUCGGCGACAACGACGGGAAAACCUUUUAGGAACCUAUUCAGAGCACACGAUUGAUGCCAGAUUGUCAACGCCCUCUCGCCUCUUGCCUUCUCCAAUCAAUCUGGGGUCCGGCUACCGCGACCCUUUUGCCACUUACGCUUUCACCUUGAGCGAUGACGAGCACCAAUUGAUACAUCAUUGUAAGGCUACGAUCUAGAAAUAUCGCGUGUUCUGACCUUGGAAGAUACAACUCUCAUUCCGUCGCUGUUUCGAAAGUAUUGGCAACAUCAUGUUGGCAGCAUCGUAAUGGCCGUCGAUCUGUUCCAGUUGUACAGACGGGAGCCGGUCUCUUUACGAGCCAUGCUGUUUGAAGCGGCUUGUCAUCGAGCAAGUUUAUACGACCUGCCUUAUCCAAUUAGUUACGAGAACCAUGUCAUUCAAGACAUCAUCACCAAUCUUUCAUCGCCGACUAGCGGAACCACUCUUGCAACAUGCUUGCUAGCUAACGUUAAGAGGAGAAGCGGCGAGUCUUCAUCCAUGCAUUGGCGAGCUGCCCAAAAAAUGAUUGCUGUUAACGGAGGCCUGCUCUCAUUCCGCGAUGAGCCCUUGGUAUUCACAAAGCACACCUGGGCUGCCAUUGCGCUUUCUGGUACAUCGAAUGGCUUUAUGGACCAACCUCUCCAUAGGGAGGGAUACGAAGAGCUAAAAGGAUUACUCUUAAAAAGAAAGUCAACGACAUUGAAAGUUUUGCCGACUUCCCAAGCCGAUGAGGAGCAGCAAAAUGACUAUGUUCGCUCCAAAGUUUUCAAGACCCCGACAGCACUCAAGAGACUUGUAAAACGUACCCAGGAGUCGAUUGAAGAUCAUCAAAAAUCUCCAUCUGUUAAAGCAAGUUGUCGUUUUGCGAUUAUCAUCUUCCUGACAUCUGCGAUGCAGGACUACGGUGAUUUCUCACGCGCUGUCGAGUCAUAUCUCGCAUCUGUCGCAGAGCACCUCGAUCAGAAGUCCGACGAUUCUGCACUUUCCCCGGAGCACCUGCUUUAGGCGUUAAUUCGCUUGAGCUUUCUCUUUGCGACUAGUACAAAGUGCCUUGAGUUCUGGGUGUCAGCUGUACGCAUGACGGCAGCAUGGAAGCAGCUCGAGAUGGCUGAUCGACAAUCUAUCGAAGCCUCGUUGUGGGCGUUUUUGGAACUACCGGAAACGGUGGAUAGCUUGACUACGCUUAUCCCGCCGAAGAUGACACCGGUAUUUACGCCGUGGCAGGUGCUCGAACGAACCGUCCCGAAAGACUGCUUUUGUGAGCUGCUAUGGUUUACGGUGCCAGCUUGAAUUGCAUUCAGACUAGUUCUUCAAACUCUCAGCAUG